AUGUCCAGUUCAGGGAUGAACAUCAUCACAACAAUGGCACCUCCGUCGCCAGGGCUGAAUAGCAGCCCACCCUUUUCCUCUCUGUCUCCUAAGAAUUCCACCUUUCACACUGUGGGAUCGUUGUCAUCAGGGAUGCUCUCCUCCUCACCAGUUAAGGACUCCUCUCAACAGGUGAAACAGAGCUUGAACCCCUUGAAUUCGCCCACCCCAUCCAUUAUGAGCUCUCCAAAACGCUGGCAGAAGGCAUCCAUCUCCAGACUUGCAGAGGAGUUUUUCUGGAUUGGUGGUAGCAUGGUUGCACAGCCUAAAUGGAGACUGGGUCAGUUUGUGGAGAGGUGCAUGUGCACCAUGCAGGCCGGCACUCAGAUGACCAAACUAAAGGGGAAGAAGAAUGGGCUGGUCCGUUUCUUUUACCUGGAUGAACACAAGUCCUGCAUUCGGUGGCGGCCCUCCAAAAAACAUGACAAGGCAAAAAUAACUAUUGAUUCCAUCCAUGAAGUCUGUGAGGGGAAAAAGUCAGAGCUCUUCAGGCGUUACGCAGACGCCUGCUUUGACCCAAACUGCUGCUUCAGCAUUUACCACGGGGAGCAUGUAAAGUGCCUGGACCUGGUCUCCACCAAUGCAGAGGAGGCACGCACCUGGAUUACUGGACUGAAAUACCUUAUGGCUGGUAUCAGUGAUGAAGACAGUUUGGCCCGGAGGCAACGCACCCGUGAUCAAUGGUUACAGCAAACGUUCUCUGAUGCUGACAAAAAUGGAGAUGGCACCUUAAGCAUGCGAGAGCUUCACCAGCUGCUCCACAAAUUCAAUGUAAAUUUACCCAAGCAGAAAGUGAGGCAGAUGUUUCAAGAAGCAGACACAGAUGAGAACCAGGGCUCUCUGGGCUUCGAAGAAUUCUGUUCAUUCUAUAAGAUGAUUUCCACACGCAGAGACCUCUACCUGAUAAUGAUCUCCUACAGCAAUCAGAAAGAAGUCAUGGACCUUCACGACCUUGCAUGCUUUCUGGAGAAUGAACAGAAGAUGCAAGGCCUAACCAGAGAACAUCUGGUUGACAUAGUGGUCAAGUCUGAGCCAUGUCCUGAGAACCUGCAGCGUAUGGUGCUGGGUAUUGAUGGUUUUACCAAUUACAUGCGGAGUCCUGCAGGUGAUAUCUUCAACCCUGAACACAAUCAGGUGAAUCAGGACAUGACGCAGCCUCUGUGUAACUACUUCAUUGCUACGUCACACAACACCUACCUGACAGGAGACCAGCUGCUGUCUCAGUCUAGAGUGGAAAUGUACGCCUGUGUUCUCCAGGCUGGCUGUCGCUGUGUGGAGGGGGAGGUGGACUGCUGGGAUGGGCCAGAUGGAGAGCCCAUUAUUCAUCACGGUUACACCCUCACAUCAAAAAUCCUCUUCAAAGACGUCAUUGAAACAAUUAACAAAUAUGCCUUCACAAAAUCACAGUACCCAGUGAUCUUGUCCAUAGAAAACCACUGCACUGUGCCUCAGCAGAAAAAGAUAGCUGAGUAUCUGAGAGAGGUGUUACAGGACAAACUGGACCUGUCCAGUGUCAACGUGCAUGAAUGUAAGAAGCUGCCCUCUCCUGAGAUCCUGAAAGGGAAAAUCUUAGUCAAGGGCAAAAAACUGCCAGCAAACCUUGAUCCUGAUGCAGAGGAGGGUGAUGUGUCUGAUGAGGACACUGGAGAUGAGGACGAGAAUGAAAACGAGGAUGAGAACGCACAGGAUGGGAGUAGUGUUACUUCUACAAAUCAGCCCAAAAAGAAGAGGCGAUUUAGCAGAUCAGUCAUAAGGAGCUUCAAACAAAAGAGGAAAAAGCGAAUCAGAGUAAAUAAUAAGGUGAUGUCUGAUGGAGAAUCAGACUACAGCAACUGCAGGGAGAGGACACAAAUUGUUUACCAUCCCAAGAAGAGGAAGACAAUGAGGCUGUCGCGAGCUCUAUCUGACCUGGUCAAAUACACAAAAUCUGUCCGUGUGCAUGACAUAGAAACACAAGGACUUACGAACAGUUGGCAGGUAUCGUCCCUCAACGAGACUGUUAUGAACCAGAUCUUACAGCUGAAGCCACGAGAGCUGGUGUGUUUAAACCAGCGCCAACUUCUCAGAGUCUACCCGUCCAACUACAGAGUGGACUCAAGUAACUUCAACCCACAACCGUACUGGAAUGCAGGAUGCCAUAUGGUUGCCAUGAAUUAUCAGACAGAGGGACGCAUGCUUGAACUGAACAGAGCCAAGUUCUCAAGUAAUGGAAGUUGUGGAUAUAUUCUGAAGCCUAAGUGCAUGUGUAAAGCUGCCUUUAACCCCAUGUUGGAGGAUCCUCUACCAGGACAUAGAAAGACUCAGUUAGUGCUGAAAAUUAUCAGUGGACAGCAGCUUCCCAAGCCUAGAGACUCUGUGUUUGGGCACAGGGGAGAGAUUAUUGAUCCCUAUGUUGAGGUUGAGAUUACUGGUCUACCUGUUGACUGUUCAAAGCAGCAGACUAGGGUGGUGAAUGACAAUGGUUUCAACCCAAUGUGGGAGGAGACCCUCGUCUUCAAUAUCCAAAUGCCGCAGAUUGCCCUGGUGCGUUUCCAUGUGUGGGAUCAUGAUCCCAUUGGGCGAGAAUUCAUUGGACAGAGGACUGUAGCUUUCACCAGCAUAAUGCCAGGUUAUCGGCAUGUGUACCUGGAGGGGAUGGAAGAAUCCUCAAUUUUUGUUCAUGUUGCAAUCAAUCAUAUAACAGCAAAGAUUAAACCUUCAAAUGCAGUGCAAAUGGCUCGAAAACAUAUACAAAAAGCUGCUCAGAAGCAUAUGAAGGGUCCUCAAAGGCAGCCUUCUCUAGACUUCUCUGCCCAUUCCUCAGAAGACGGGCGUGCUCUGUACUUCUGCAACAGCACAUCCAGCAGCACCGACAGCCUGGAGUUUGUGCCCUCCUGUGUACCAGCUGGCACAGAGCAACACGAGGGCACCCUACAGAGGGAGAUGAAGGCCCUUUUUGACCAGAAGAUGAGAGAGAUCCGCUGUAAAUCGCCACUUUUUUUAGAUGGAGGAGACCAAGCAGUAUUACACAACUAG